GUCCUGUUGACAGUCGUUGUUAUGGUAACGGCUGUUUGGUGUUCUGGAUGAGGAAUAAGGUUAAAUGUAGCAUAGAUGUUAAGGAUUGCGGCCGAGACUAUCAUCCAGAGGGUUCUGAUCGUGGAGUGGACAAUCAAGUCAACGGCCAGACCUUGAACACUGUAGAAAACCUUCAUUCCCCUGUUGUCAAGGAACCUACUGCAAACCACAUCCAUGACCCCAACUACGCUGAGGUUAACGACGCGAUCCAUCCUGAUGACCCUGACUACUCUGACAUAAAAGAAGAGGACAAGAACCAGCCACCUGAAUCUUCCUAUUAUGAAAUUAAUAUAGAGAACAGAUUAACUGAUUCACCAUAUGCGUGUGUUAAAAAGAAGGGCAAGAGUCAAUCAACUGACCCUACUGAACCCAGUGUCAACAGUAAGGACGAAAGCCAACCUCUUGACCCUUACUACUUUGACAUCAAGAAACCCAGUAUGAGCCACAAUUAUGAUAACAACCACACUAACGACACAGACCCCAACUACGCUGACAUCAACGACCAUAUUACUAGCCAGCCACCUGACCCCGACUACUGUGACGUCAACCAGCACUCGACCCACAAUUAUGACCCCAAAUACACUGAAGUCAAGUAGAUGAAAACAGUAAAG